GUGCAUGCAUUGAGUCUUGAAACCGACUUUAAACAUGGCUGCCACCAGAUACCGUCGAUUUCUGAAGCUGUGCGAGGAAUUGCCAAAGGACGAAUCCAAGAAAGGCCGAGAUUUAGGAACGUUUUUACGCCAAAGAGUCGCUAGUGCUUUCCGAGAAGGGGAAAAUACGCAGAUUUCAGAUCCAGAGAAAUGUGAUCAGAUGUAUGAAAGUCUGGCUCGCAUCAACAGUAAUGUGUACAAAGAAAAGUUUCCAAGGGCAAAAGAUACAAGUUUUACAGGUGUAACGGUGGAGGAGUGCCGAAUACUUUUGGCAACAGGAAACACAGAUGAGGAGAAAAAAGGAUUGUGGAAGACACUAAUGGAGCGCUUCUCCUCCAAACCUGAAGAUGGAACCCCUGAAAAAGCUGAAAAAUAAUCCUCAUAUUGGCACAGCUCUUAUUUAUUCCCCUUUGCACUUUUUCAAAUAAAAGGAUUAAGGCGUGUAUGUAAAUCUUCAAUUCUCACAGCUGCAGCUCUCUUCAUGUUGAUCUUUUAUGUUGGACAGAGACUUCUAAGAUUUAAAACUGAUGGUUUUAUUUGGAAUGCUGUUAAAAAUGGAGAAAUGUGAUUAAUUCUGGAAAAAAUAUAUAGUUAUACAAUGUUAAUCUUUGGUUUUAUUGCAUAUUUUCUCUUGAAUCCAUAAUAAAAAUAUUUUGUGUUU